AUGCAGGUGUCCCUGCUGGUGGGCAACAGGAACUGCACUAGUAAGUGUAAAGAAAUUCCAUUUAGGCUGAUGGGCCAAAUUCUUCUCUCCAAGAAGGGCACCUCCCUGGAGUACCCUCCACACCCCUGCCUGUCUGGCGUUGACCAGCACCUACAACUGGUCCUGCUUUUUGCUCUUGUAGAAGGCUCUUGCUGUGUAGAUGGGGUCUGGGCUGGGAAAUCCUUGCAGGACCCAAGACCUGGUCGACAGAAAACUCUGUAUGGAUUGUUUCAUUACAGUCCCACGAUGCUUGGACUUGAAUCGCUUCCAGAUCCCACCGAUACCUGGGAAAUUAUAGAGACCAUAGGUAAAGGCACCUAUGGCAAGGUCUACAAGGUAGCUAACAAGAGAGAUGGGAGCCUGGCUGCGGUAAAAAUUCUGGAUCCAAUCAGUGAUAUGGAUGAAGAGAUUGAGGCAGAAUACAACAUUUUGCAGUUUCUUCCUAAUCAUCCCAAUGUUGUAAAGUUUUAUGGGAUGUUUUACAAAGCGGAUCACUGUGUGGGAGGACAGCUGUGGCUGGUUCUGGAGCUGUGUAACGGGGGUUCGGUCACUGAGCUUGUCAAAGGUCUCCUCAGGUGUGGCCAGCGGUUGGACGAAGCAGUGAUCUCAUACAUCUUAUACGGGGCUCUCUUGGGCCUUCAGCAUUUGCACAACAACCGAAUCAUCCACCGUGAUGUCAAGGGGAAUAACAUUCUUCUGACAACAGAAGGAGGAGUUAAGCUCGUUGACUUUGGCGUCUCAGCUCAACUUACCAGUACACGUCUACGGAGAAACACAUCUGUUGGCACCCCAUUCUGGAUGGCCCCGGAGGUCAUUGCUUGUGAGCAGCAAUAUGACUCUUCCUAUGACGCUCGCUGUGACGUCUGGUCCUUGGGGAUCACAGCUAUUGAACUGGGGGAUGGAGACCCUCCCCUCUUUGACAUGCAUCCGGUGAAAACACUCUUUAAGAUUCCAAGAAAUCCUCCACCUACUUUACUUUACCCAGAAAAAUGGUGUGAAGAAUUCAACCACUUUAUUUCACAGUGUCUUAUUAAGGAUUUUGAAAAGCGGCCUUCAGUCACUCAUCUCCUCGACCACCCAUUUAUUAAAGUAGCCCACGGGAAGGUUUUGUUUCUGCAACAACAGCUGGCCAAGGUCCUCCAAGACCAGAAGCAUCUAAACCCUGUUGUUAAAACCAGGCAUGAAAGGAUGCAUACCAGAAGACCCUAUCGUGUGGAAGAUGCUGAAAAAUACUGCCUUGAGGAUGAUUUGGUUAAUCUAGAGGUUCUGGAUGAGGAUACAAUUAUUCAUCAGUUGCAGAAGCGUUAUGUGGACUUGCUGAUUUACACAUAUGUUGGAGACAUCUUAAUUGCGUUAAACCCCUUCCAGAAUCUAAGCAUAUACUCACCACAGUUUUCCAGACUUUAUCAUGGGGUGAAACGUGUCUCAAAUCCUCCCCACAUAUUUGCAUCAGCAGAUGCUGCUUAUCAAUGCAUGGUUACUUUCAGCAAAGACCAGUGCAUUGUCAUCAGCGGAGAAAGUGGCUCUGGGAAGACAGAAAGCGCCCACCUGAUUGUUCAGCAUUUGACUUUCUUGGGAAAGGCCAAUAAUCAGACCUUGAGAGAGAAAAUUCUGCAAGUCAACUCCCUGGUGGAAGCCUUUGGAAAUGCAUGCACUGCCAUCAAUGACAACUCCAGCCGUUUUGGAAAAUAUCUGGAAAUGAUGUUUACACCAACUGGAGCCGUGAUGGGGGCAAGAAUCUCUGAAUAUCUCCUUGAAAAAUCCAGAGUUAUAAAACAGGCAGAGGGAGAGAAAAAUUUUCACAUAUUUUACUAUAUUUAUGCUGGACUUUAUCACCAAAAGAAACUUUCUGAGUUCAGACUUCCUGAGGAAAAGCCUCCUAGGUACAUAGCUGAUGAGACUGGAAGGGUGAUGCAUGACAUAACUUCCAAGGAGUCUUACAGAAGACAGUUUGAAGCAAUUCAGCAUUGCUUCAGGAUUAUAGGGUUCACUCACAAGGAGGUACACUCAGUGUACAGAAUUUUGGCUGGAAUUUUGAAUAUUGGGAACAUUGAGUUUGCAGCUAUUUCCUCUCAACAUCAAACUGAUAAAAGUGAGGUCCCCAAUGCUGAAGCUUUGGAAAAUGCUGCCUGUGUUCUCUGCAUCAGCCCUCAAGAGCUCCAGGAGGCCCUCACCUCGUACUGUGUGGUAACCCGGGGCGAGACUAUCAUCCGCACCAACACCGUCGACAGGGCUGCAGACGUCCGAGAUGCCAUGUCCAAAGCCCUGUAUGGGAGGCUCUUCAGCUGGAUUGUAAAUCGCAUCAAUACACUCCUGCAGCCAGACAAAAACAUAUGUAGUGCAGAGGAUGGUUUGAAUGUGGGGAUCUUGGAUAUUUUUGGGUUCGAGAACUUUCAGAGAAAUUCAUUUGAGCAGCUCUGCAUAAACAUCGCCAAUGAGCAAAUCCAGUACUAUUUCAAUCAGCAUGUUUUUGCUCUUGAACAGAUGGAAUAUAAGAAUGAGGGCAUUGACGCUACACCCGUGGAGUAUGAGGACAAUCGCCCACUCUUGGAUAUGUUCCUCCAGAAACCCCUGGGACUGCUUGCACUUUUAGAUGAGGAAAGUCGGUUUCCCCGAGCAACUGAUCAGACGCUAGUUGAUAAAUUUGAAGAUAAUCUACGAUGCAAAUACUUUUGGAGGCCCAAAGGAGUGGAGCUGUGCUUUGGCAUUCAUCACUAUGCUGGAAAGGUAUUAUAUGAUGCUUCUGGGGUUCUUGAGAAAAACAGAGACACUCUCCCUGCCGAUGUGGUUGUAGUCCUGAGAACGUCGAAAAACAAGUUGCUUCAGCAACUCUUCUCAAUCCCUUUGACCAAAACAGGUAACUUGGCCCAAACAAGAGCCAGGAUAACAGCAGCCUCAAGAUCUUUGCCUCCACAUUUCAGUGCUGGGAGAGCCAAGGUGGACACUCUGGAGGUGAUACGGCAUCCAGAAGAAACGACCAACAUGAAGAGGCAGACCAUGGCUUCUUACUUCCGGUAUUCUUUGAUGGAUCUACUCUCCAAAAUGGUGGUUGGACAGCCCCACUUUGUGCGCUGCAUCAAACCCAACGAUGACCGAGAGGCUCUUAAGUUCUCCCGAGAAAGAGUACUGGCCCAGCUCCGCUCCACGGGGAUCCUGGAGACGGUCAGCAUCCGCCAGCAGGGCUAUUCCCACCGCAUCCUCUUUGAAGAGUUUGUGAAAAGGUAUUAUUACUUGGCAUUCAGAGCACAUCAAACACCUCUUGCUAGCAAGGAAAGCUGUGUCGCUAUCUUGGAAAAGUCCAGAUUAGAUGACUGGGUGCUGGGAAAAACAAAGGUUUUUCUCAAAUAUUACCAUGUCGAGCAGUUAAAUUUGCUGCUGCGGGAAGUCAUAGGCAGAGUGGUUGUGCUGCAGGCGUAUACCAAGGGAUGGCUUGGAGCCAGGAGAUACAGAAGAGUCAGGGAGAAGAGAGAGAAGGGGGCUGUUGUCAUCCAGUCAGCCUGGAGAGGAUAUGAUGCUCGGAGGAAAUUUAAGAAAAUAAGCAACAGAAGGAGUGAGUCUGCUGUUCAUAUUCGAGCAGUUCUGAGGGGCUCUGUAGAUCAUAAAAGCAGUCAACAAGCAGAAUCCAACAGUGGCCAUGCACAGACUUCAAGCAACUCUCCUGCUAUCACUGAGAAAAUUCGGUAUUCACAAGCCCAGAGUUCUCCAAAAGGGUGUGGUGUCUUCACAGGACAUCCAAAUAAGCACUCAGUAUCUGGAACUGACUCACUGUCUUCUCGGACAUGCCAUGCUGCUCCAGAUCACCCAGGACUAAGUCCCUCAAGGGGAGCCCCUGCAAAACCUGGUUCAGAAAAUGGUCUUGCACAGAAGCAGCGAACACCUCACAGAAGAUGUCAGCAGCCCAAAAUGUUGAGUAGCCCUGAGGACACCAUGUACUAUAACCAGUUAAAUGGAACUCUAGAAUAUCAAGGGAGCAAGAGGAAGCCAAGAAAACUUGGCCAAAUCAAAGUGCUUGAUGGGGAAGAUGAAUAUUACAAAUCUCUGUCACCAGUGGACUCGAUCCCUGAGGAAGACAACUCAGCCCACUCUUUCUUUUUUUCCUCAUCCUCAAAAGGAGCAUCUUUUGCUCACCACUGAGCUGUACUUCCUGCCCCCCAAGUCUGUUGAGGGUAAGAACAAUCAUGGUAAUUGACUGAUUGUCAUAUAAAGAAAGCACUGCAGCAGAGUUAGCUUCUUUGGACGCGUGGUCUGUGCCCGCGCCUUGCCGAACAAUGUUCAGAUUCCUAAUCAUUUUCUCAUGCCUCCAUCACCCCACCCCCACCCCACAUCUGCUGUGCAGCCUGAGCUGGACAAUUCUUCCUUUUCUCAUCCCAUGGGUCCCUGUGGGACACUGAGCACACUUCCACUACGGUAAUAACUUGUCAUUCAUGCCCCUAACAUUUAAGAGGAUAACAAACAAUCUCACCAUAAGCCAAUCGCAAAUGCUGACAAUAUUUCUUUAUUUCUCCCACCAAGUCAAUUCGUGCAGAAUCUACCCCUGUGAAAAUCCAAGAGUCCCUUUCCUCCUAGCCUCUCCACUGCAUCCCCUUCCCUUUCGCUCGUCUCUAUCCUGCCCACCUCUCCUCAGGGCCAGGGCUCCAUUGCUGAGUACCCACAUCCUGGAGGAGUGUACCCAAGGUAUCAUAGACGAGGAUAAUUUUUUGUGUUUAGGCAGAGAGGCCUAAGUCUUUCAGAUUCUUUCUGCAAGACAAAUGAAACCCUCUCUUGCUAAUUAUUAUGCUGAUAAAGCCUUUGCCUCUUUAUGCCACCUUGCCAAGACACCCCCAUCACCUUAGCAGUAAAAAGAAAGGAGUGAGAGGGAAAGAAAAUUUGGACCUGUCAAAGUCCCUGUCACAUCGUAUUGUAACUUUCCAUUCUCUGGUCACCGUCUCUAGCAGGCUGUGAAUAGCCGCGGGGAAGGAUGGUGUCUCGUCCACCUUGUGUGCAGAGCAGAACACGUGCCUGGCACCGAGUGGACGUCCAGUAAAUGCCUACUUUUGAGCGAAUGGAGAGACUUCACUUAGUUACACAAACAUAGCUGACAUAGAAGUUACUUUCAAUGAAAUGUUUACAUGAUUAAUCACUUUUCUUAUACCAUAAGCUCUGAUUUUUCACUCAAGGUUGAGCUAGUCCUGUUCGAAUGAUGUUCUACCAUAUCUUAUAAUACUCGAUAUAAUUCAGUACAACAAACUUCUUUUGAACAGCUAAAAAAACAAUAUGUAAAACAAUAUAUGAAAUCGCCGUCUGAUAUACAAAACCAUACACAACCCUUUCUCUAGAACAAAUGUUCUGAACAUUUUUAUUACUUUAAAAUACUUGGCAGAUAAUACACAUGGGAGUACCCAGGUUUCAAGAAAAAUAAGCUUGAGGAAAUAGAAAAAAAAUUGUUAGAGUUUUUAAGGGGAGAGUUCUAAUAAGCAUUUUACAAACAUAAAUAAUGAAGUGAGGUUUUUAAGGACCUCAAAAAUUGUAAUUUUACAAGAAAUAGAUAGAGCCAAUUAUUCAAUAGUUAAGCUUUACAUUGUUAAAACGUCUUGAUGUUGCCCAGAUCUUCUCCCCAAAGGUAACGUUUAUGAUGUAUGCAGGUAGAGCAGAAGAAGCACAAAUGGACUUUAUUUUAUUGUUUAAAAAAUAAUGUCUAGAAUAUACAGAUUUUUAAUAUUAUUACUAAUGUAAGUGUUUUUAGAAAUUUCCCUUUUAUCGUUGAUUCAUCUACUUUUCAUUUGAUAUUAGCUGCUUUUCAAACUGUUGAGUAGAAAUGCUCAUAACUUCCCACUUGUCCUUGUGUAGUGUAAUUGUAUACCUGCCUUGUUUCUAAUUAAAAUGUAUCCAUAAAUAAAAUUUAAAAGGAAAUAAAGGUAA